ACUUUACUCGACUACUUGUUAGCAGUUAAAAACUCAAAAGCUUGAAGCUACCCGGAGAGAGUCGGCGACGGCGUUGAUAGAGAGGAAGGCUAAUCAAUCAAUCAUACCAUGUCCGGAACUCUCAGGUGCGUGCUUGUAGCUGUCGAUGGAAGCGAAGAGAGCAUGAACGCUCUCAAUUGGGCGCUCAACAAUCUCAACUUACGAUCUCCUUCUUCCGAUUCCGAUUCCGAUCCCGGUGGCCAGUUCAUCAUCCUUCACGUUCAAUCACCUCCUUCAAUCGCCGCCGGCAUCAAUCCUGGCGCCAUCCCCUUUGGUGGUCCCAGUGAUUUGGAGGUACCUGCCUUCACGGCCGCUAUUGAGUCUCACCAGAGACGUAUUACCGAAUCUAUCUUGUCUCAUGCCCUGAAAAUAUGCUCCGACAAAAAUGUGAAGAAUGUGAAAACUGAAGUGAUUAUCGGAGAUGCAAAGGAGAAAAUAUGUGAAGCUGUUGAAAAUUUGAAUGCUGAUUUGCUUGUGAUGGGUUCCCGUGCUUUUGGUCCAAUCAAAAGAAUGUUUCUGGGAAGUGUUAGCAAUUACUGUACAAACCAUGCAGUAUGCCCAGUGAUGAUCGUGAAGAAUACUUCUUAGUCCAUUCAAGAGAUCAUGAAAGAAGCAUGUCAGUUAAAUGGACUCCCUAAGCUAAACCCUCCAACAAUCAAUGGUUAAUGAAGAAGCGGGACUACCUGCUAUGAAGAUUGAAGAAUAACAUGUGUUACAAAUAUGUUUCUAUUUGUAGUGGAAUUAAUUAAAGUCAUAUUUUAUAUAUAAGUUAAGUUUGUUGAAUGUUGUUUCAUCA